AUGGCCGCGGCGCGGGCGCAGACCGACGGCCCUCCGGCGGGGGCAAGGUCCAAAGUGAAACUGCCGAAGCUCGAGUUACAACGAUUUAGCGGCGCCGCCACGGAGUGGCAGUCCUUCUGGGAGCAGUUCGAGCAAGCGGUGCACAGAAACGACGCCCUCUCCAACGCUGAAAAGUUUCUGUACUUGCGAUCGUCACUUUCGGGAAAAGCCGCAGCGGCCAUUGCCGGCAUUCAAGUGACUUGGGCAAAUUACACCAGUGUAAUGGAACUUCUAAAGGAGCGCUUCGGUAGACGAGAUGUGCUCAUACAAGAACACCUGACUCAGUUGCUAGAUGUGCUACCGGUACGGAACGAAAAGGAGCAUAUCGGCCUACGUCGGCUCUAUGACCACCUGCAACGUAACAUCGCUGGUCUCAAGGCGCUCGGAGUCAAAGCAGACAGUUACGGCGCACUACUCUCCUCCGCACUCCUGCGAAUGCUGCCAACCGAUCUUGUUGUCGGAUACCAUAAAGGACUUUCCGCUGCAAGCAAAUAUGACGGGCUCAGCAUCAAGAGUUUGCAAACUUUUCUGAAAACAGAAGUAGACAGCCGGGGAAAAGGCACUGCAGACUGGUAA